CAUAUGAUCAUUUUUCAUCAAAUCGAUACUCGAUUCAAUAUUUCAAACUAACUAAUAAAUUAUUUUAAUUUCUUGUGUUUUGAUUUUUGUGUGCGUUUUGUUUUAAUAAUUGUUUAAAAAUUAUCCUUGUCAAAUUGCCACCAAAUAUUAUAUUUGGUGAUAAUUUCCUGACGUGUACCCGCCAACUACAAACAUCACAAUCCUCACCAUCGCCGACCACGUGGCGGUCUCUGCCGCCCCACCCCUCUAUGACAAUGUCCACCCAACGGCGGCUAUGUCGCCAGCCACCGGAAACUCCUCCGGGGUAGCUUGGUGGGCCAUGAUGAAUGGAAGUCUGUAUGAAGAUAGUCCUCCACCCCCAACAGCUGGGCCACCACAAACUGCUACUACACCAAAUAGUAGCGGGGUGACAAGUCCAGGUCUUGGUGGUGGUACGACAACAAACACAACAAAUAAUGGCAAACAAGCUCAGCAGGUGACGAACACAACAUCGACAACAUCAUCCACAUCGCCCUCGUCUGUUACUAGUAAUAAUGGAUCUGGCACGGGUCCAUUACACAUACCGGCAAAACGAAUACCGUACGAUCCUCAAUGUGUAGAGCCUGCGAGUAGUGUUAUACAUCGACAUCCACAUCAUGGCGGUCAAUCGUCGUGGCCAUAUUCACCCGCUGAAAAUCAUCAUGGAACACCGGCUUUUGAACCGUCUGGUAGCCUAAACCACCAUCAAUAUAAUAACACCCCUACAUAUUAUAAUUUAGCACCAGAAGAUCGAAAACCAGGAACCGGUUUGCCGUUUUGGCCACCCACAGCGGCAACAAGUGGUAGUCCAGCCGAUUAUAAAUAUAAUGAUAAAUAUCCUUCGGCUGGUCCGAGUACAGAUCCAAUAACAACAUGCCAUCAGAAUUUCUCAACUGCACAAAGUUGUUGGAGUACGUACUCUCCAAGAACUUCCCUUUACAGUACACACGUGGAUCCGCAUCAUCCACAUCAGCAUCAGACUGUCCCGUACCUGACAACAUCAGCAGAUGACCGAGGCGCUAGAGCUGCUGUUGUAAAUGCAGCUAUGGCUGCAGCGGAAACUGCAUUUCCACAUGAUCGAUAUGGUAUUGGAAAUUAUGGUGCACCCGAAUCUGUACCUUCAACGCCCUAUCCACCUCCAGUGAUGUGGGGAUCAUCCCCAUCUGGCCUGUUUGCUGCAGGUUCACUGGGCAGUGUUGCUGGCAUGGGUGUAAGCUGUGGCAGCGGAACAAAUCCAUUAGAAUGGACUGGACAAGUGACCGUACGAAAAAAACGUAAACCAUAUUCCAAGUUUCAAACAUUAGAGCUGGAGAAAGAGUUUCUAUUUAAUGCAUAUGUAUCAAAACAAAAACGUUGGGAGUUGGCACGUAAUUUAAAUUUAACGGAACGUCAAGUGAAAAUAUGGUUUCAAAAUCGUCGAAUGAAAAAUAAAAAAAAUUCACAACGACAGGCUGCACAACAGAAUAACAAUAACAAUUCAAAUGCAAAUAAUCAAAAUCAUCAUUCGAAUAGUCAUCAUCAUCAUUCGCACGCGUCUGCGCAUCAUGUUGUUGCACAAAAUCAUCAUAGUGCUGCCAAUGGUGGUGUGAAACAUCAUCAGUGACCCGUACCAUUCUCUGGGGUCAUGUUUGGUCACCAUCAUCAUGGACUUGUUACCUAAACGAAUCGAACUGUAUUUUCAUUUUUAAAUAAAAA